AUGGCUGAAACUGAAAUCAAAAGGGUGGUUGACAUGUCUGGUUUUACUAGAGCAGAUCUCCCCUUCAAAUAUCUAGGCCUCCCCAUCUGUGCAAAAAGAAUCUCUAAGGAGGAUUGCAAGCUGCUAGUGGACAAGAUGAUUGCUCGAAUAAAGAGUGAAAUGGCAGGUCCUGGAAGUGUUGCAUGGGGGAACAUUUUUAAGCCUAGAAAAGCUAGUGGAAUCGGAUUCAUGAGCAUCCAUGAAUGGAACAAAGCUGCUAUCAUCAAGAAUAUUUGGGCAAUUGCAUCAAAAAAAGACAAUGUAUGGGUUAAGUCGGUGCAUAAUGUCUAUAUUAACAAUGAAUCUUGGUGGGAGUACAAGGCACCCACCCAAAGUAGCUGGUAUUGGAGGAAACUUGUUGAACUCAAAGAUGAAUGGAAAGAGCAAAUCAAUCAUACCCAGUUUACUGCUCAAAGCUACAAAAUUUCUAAAGUAUAUAAGCUGCUAACAACAGCAAAUGAUCAAUGUCAUUGGAGCAAACAAGUAUGGUCGAGGAUGAACAUUCCUAAACAUAGCUCUCUGCUAUGGCUAGCAAUGCUGGACAGAUUAAAAACCAGGCAGAGGUUGGUCAAGUUUCAGAUUACAACAGAUGCUCAAUGCAUUCUCUGUGAUGCCUCGGAAGAAACAGUAUCACACCUAUUUUUCUGUUGCAUUCUGUGUGGUUAA